CUGACUAGAUGGACAGUGACGUUGCAGGUGAUUGCGGGGAGACUCAAAUACCCCCGCACGAUCUAAACUCCCACCUGCAUCUCUCCUUCAACCAUCCCAAGCCUUUUCGAAAGCCAAAGCAAAGCCAGAAUGUUGAACAUUGGUGCACGUAUCGUAAACACCUCUCGCGUGCGGGCAAUCCAAGCAACGCGGUCGUACGCGACCAAGGCGGCCGCCCCCGUGGCCCUCAAGAACCACAAGUACACCGUCCAUGCUACCGCUGCUGGGCGGGGUCGCAAGGGUGAGGUCAAAUCAUUCGACGAGACCCCUUUCUCUCUGCACCUGGGAACGCCCAAGGCAAUGGGCGGAAACGGUGAAGGGACGAACCCUGAACAACUGUUCGCCAUGGGAUACGCAUCGUGUUUCCUCGGAGCCUUGCAGAUGAUGGCAGGCAAGACGGGAAAGAAAGAUGCCGCAAGACACGCCGUGAUCCACACGACCGUGCAUCUCGGAGAGGCGGAGGGGCUUGGGGGGUUCGGGUUAGCCGUGGAUAUAAAGGUUGAGGGCGUGGAAGACGAGGAACUGAUCAAGGCUGGUCAUGAGGCUUGUCCCUACAGUCGUGCACUUAUGCAUGGCGCAGUUGUGAAUGUUUCCAAGGCAUAGGUAUUAGGUACACCUUCAGGCUCUGGCCCCAGGAACUGUUUUUUUCCUGCGACUUGUUCACACGUAUUCCGGUCCUUGAGAAUGCUAGGACAUAAUGCACAUUAGCCGUAACAUCUUGGCGACUCAAUCAUUAAUUAAUCUGCAUGAUACUACAAGUACACCGAGCAAAAUAUAUCCGGGAGGUACGCAUCCGCAACGCUUUUACAAAGAGUUCCUGUACCACUUGUCCUCGACGCCAUCAGCCAUCGUCAAGUAUGGCAUC